GCGACGUCAUCCGCACCGCACCCGAUCAGAGCAGCCAGAUCUUCCCCCCGACUUCCCGGGCCGUCUCCUCCCCUGCACCACCCCACCCCACCCCACCCCACCGGCGGCGAUGGCGGCGGCUGCCCCCGCGACGACGUCAUCCGCGGCCGCGAGGCCCUCCUCCUCCUCCUCCUCCUCGCGGCAAUCCGACGCUCCUCUGCGCGCCGCCACCGUCUCCUUCCCUUACUCCCCACGGCCGGCCGCGUUGGCUGCAGGCGCUCGGGCCUCGCGGGUUAGCCCCGUCGUGGUCGCCGCCGGCGGCGGGCACCAGCGGCUUAUGGGGUCGUUGACUAACACCCAGGGGCUCAGGUUUGGAGUGGUUGUGGCACGGUUCAAUGAGAUUGUCACCAACUUGCUACUGCAGGGAGCUCUUGAGACAUUUGAGAGAUAUUCCGUCAAAAAAGAAAAUAUAACAGUUGUAAGUGUUCCUGGCAGUUUUGAAAUUCCUGUUGCGGCACAAAAGCUUGGGAAGUCUGGAAAGUUUGAUGCAAUUUUGUGCAUUGGCGCUGUGAUUAGAGGUGACACAACCCACUACGAUGCUGUUGCAAACUCUGCUGCUUCAGGUGUACUGUCUGCUGGAUUGUCUGCUGAGAUCCCAUGCAUAUUUGGUGUUCUGACAUGUGAUGACAUGGACCAGGCUCUAAAUCGUGCUGGUGGUAAGGCUGGAAACAAGGGAGCUGAAGCCGCUCUAACUGCAAUCGAGAUGGCCUCGCUGUUCCAGCAUCACCUGGCCUGACCGCCGGGGCUACUGAUAUCAUCGGGACGGCAAAGUUUUGGCUGCUAGAGAUUUUCGCCGUUUGCUAUAGCAUCUUGAGGCCAUUAUUAUCCAUUGUCCCCAACUGGUUGAUCGGGAUGAUGGUUGUGUUUUUACCGCUGUUCUUUUUGUCGAGUUUUUUUGCAAGACUGAAGAGGUAUCACCGUCCAGCUAAGCUGUUCAACUGCUGUAUGUGAGAAACAUGAGACCUUGAAUUGAAUAAACGUCAGUACGUCACCAAGUACUUUGAUUCGUCCAUGAAUAAAAAGCAGGAUUUCUGCA